UUUUCGCACACAACUACAUCUCUUGUUUAAUGCGACUGGCACGGUUGAAAAUAUAUAAUUUGUUGGUGUGUUCUGGUAAACUUUGAAUAACAGAAGUGCAUUUAAACAUGUCAGACUCGGCAAGAUGAGGUUACAAUACUCUGUUCUGCCUUUGAUUUACCUCUCGUGGCAUUUACAAAUAUGUUCAGGGAUUAUGUUAAUAAACAAUACUACAGACAUUCAACAAGAGUACAGACCUGAAGGUCCACUGGUAAUGUGCAAAUUUCUGCCAAAAGAAUUUAUAGAGUGUGAAGAACCAAUUGAUCACAAAGGUAAUAAAACUGCCAAAGAGGAAACUGGAUUUGGUUGUGUAAAGUUUGGAGGUUCCAAAUACGAGGAUGUUGAAAAAACUAAAGUGUCGUGUACUGUAUUACCAUUUAUCGAGUGUUAUGGGCCCAGGACAUUUACUCGUGAAGGAGUUCCUUGUAUAAAAUACAGUGACCAUUAUUUUGCUACCACUUUACUAUAUAGCAUUCUAUUAGGCUUUUUGGGUAUGGACCGGUUUUGUUUAGGACAAACUGGCACUGCUGUUGGCAAGUUGUUAACAUUAGGAGGAGUGGGAGUAUGGUGGAUUUUUGACGUAAUUCUGCUAGUCACAGGUUCUUUACAACCUGAAGAUGGCAGCAAUUGGAAUCCAUAUGUAUAAUAAACCAAGCAUAAAAACCAAUUCCCAAAAUGUAAAAUAAGAUUCAAUGUUUUGUAUGAUAUCCUUUUUUAAAUAAAUAUUUAAUAAUUUCG